UAGAAUUGUUUGAGAUAUAAGUAGCUAACUUUUUAUAGCAAAAUAAAAGACAAAAGAGGAGGGAUGUAAAAUGAGACAAUUAAGAUGUCACGCCAUGAACUUCACCUAGCUAAUUGAAGAGUGGAUGGAAGCAUGUGUUAGGGAAGGGAGAGCUUGCAGAAGUAUGAGCAGAUUGAAACUCGCAUGAGGCUUGAGAAAACCACAAGUACACUGGAAAAUUCACUUCUGGGUGUCGAUAUAAGCAAGGAGAAUGAUUAUGUUUGCCUAUGUCCAAUGCAGGUGCUCAUUUCUAACAUGAUUUUAUUAAUGAUGGAUGAACAUAUUUGAUAGAACAGGUGUGGGGAAAAAGCUUUUUCAUCUUUUUUUUUUUUUGGAUGAGAAGUUUGUUGUUAGAAACGUAGUUAAAAUGUUGAAAUAAAUAUGUGAUUAUGACUGGAAGAUACAGGCACGAAGUUGUGAUAGAUGAUGCUUUUGUGAUAUAUAGUAGACAAAUAAGUUUCAUAGCAAAUGUCAAAGGACACUAGAAAGCUAUAACCUUUAGCGGGUUCCAAUUAGUGUAUGAGAGUACUGUAAAGUUGAUUAAAAAACUGAGGACCAUUGUCGUAGGCUGCAUCAGCUCAAGUUGAAUAACAAAGAACGAAUGUCUCUCCACACCAACUAGUGUACUUUUUCUCAUAAAAUGUUUUUACUGUCUAAUAUUUACUUGAGUCGCCAAGGCAUAAACAUCAAUGUAUGUUUUUUUUCUUUCAUAUCAUGCUUCUCACAUUGCAUGAUUGUCAGAUGUUCUCUUUUAGUUGAUAGCAUUGUUAACUAUUUUUUGUCAAGUUUUCCUUUUACUGGCCAUUUUACCAUUUAGUUACAAUCUCUUUUUCUAAUUUUCUUUGUCAACAUGAAAAAAUUUGAAGAUCUAUAUGGUUUUUCUAAGUUAACAAUUAUCAGGAGAGUAAUUUAGUAUUAAUCUCUGAGUGAUCAGUACAAGGAACUUAUUCUUUUAAAAUUUUUAUCUUUCAAAUGCAAGUCAAUUUCGUAAAGGAUUUAUCAUAAUACCAUAUAGUUGAUGUCCGAAAUUUAGAUGCUAUUUCCAAUAUUCAGAAAUGCAUCAGACAUGCAUAAUAUUUAUUUUUUUAAAAAAAAUCUUCAGGAACUUUUUGAAGAUUUUCCUGCAGAGGAUAGGAAGUUGUUGAUCUUAGUCGAAAUGGGUUUUCCCACUAAUGAUGCAUCUGCAGCCAUCGCUAGAUGUGGUCCAAAUGCAUCUAUAUUGGAAUUAGCAGAUUCCAUACAUGCGGCUCAGUUGGCAAAUAAGCUCGAUGAUAAUUUAGGCGUAUCUACCGUCUCCAGUUUAGUUGAAGAUGAGCGUCAAUCUAAUUGCCCAAGAGGUGCGGAGAGUAGGUUUGCAGAGGUGACCAGGAGCAAACGAAGAUGCACCUCAACAGAAGAUGAAGACUCUGUUAUCUCUUUUUCAAAGCCUAUGGUUGGUUUUAGCCUUCCAAAUCAGCGGAUGUACAUGGUUCCGAGAAAGAUAAGUGAGGCAGCUAUUGGUCCACCGUACUUCUAUUAUGAGAACGUGGCGUUGGCACCAAAAGGAGUCUGGGAAACUAUGUCACGCUUCUUGUAUGACAUCAAGCCAGAGUUUGUGGAUUCCAAGUACUUUUGUGCUGCAGCCAGAAAGAGGGGAUAUAUCCAUAAUCUUCCUAUACAUAACAGAUUUCCUGUUCUUCCAAUCCCUCCAAGAACCAUUCACGAGGUAUUUCCGGCAACAAAGAAGUGGUGGCCCUCUUGGGAUCCUAGAAAACAAUUCAACUGUUUGCUGACAUGCAUAUCGGGUUCAAGACUGACGGAGAGGAUCCGCAGGGAGCUUGUACAGUAUGAUGAUCCACCACCACCACAAGUAAGACAGUUUGUGCUAAAUGAAUGCAGAAGGUGGAACUUGAUCUGGGUGGGGCAGCAUAAGGUUGCUCCUUUAGAACCUGAUGAACUCGAGAUACUUCUGGGGUAUCCAAGAAACCACACGCGUGGGGGUGGCAUGAGCAGGACAGAAAGAUACAGGUCUCUAGGGAACUCAUUCCAGGUAGAUACAGUAGCAUACCAUCUAUCUACUUUGAAGAAUUUGUUUCCAGAUGGUUUGAAGGUACUCUCUCUUUUCUCGGGUAUCGGAGGGGCAGAAGUGGCUCUUCAUCGUUUGGGAAUGGACAUGAAGGUUGUGGUUUCUGUUGAAAUCUCUAAGGUAAAUAGAGACGUACUUAGGAGUUGGUGGCAGGAAACAGGCCAAUCUGGGAUGCUCAUCGAAUUUGUUGAUGUGCAAGAACUUAACCCUCACAAGAUGGAGCACUUGGUUAACCGGUUUGGUGGAUUCGAUCUCGUCAUUGGAGGAAGUCCAUGCAAUAACCUCACAGGCAGCAACCGUUAUACUCGAAUUGGUCUUGAGGGUAUCCAUUCUUCACUGUUUUUUGACUAUUGGCGAAUCUUGGACCUGGUGAAGUGUCUCAUGGGAAGGACUAGUUGAUCUUUUGGCAGUCUUCUGCAUCUUCAACUGCCAACUUGUGUCUUGUUAUUUUCUUUGGGUCUCUGAACCAAAAAAGGUACAUACGAAUAAACUUCUCACUCCAUGCAAUUACGUAAAGCUGUUAGUUUACAGAUUGUUCAUAGUGUUGCGAGCUUCUCUUCUUCUCCUUUUAAUUGCAAUCUGUCAUAUACAAUUUUAAGACUUUUGUCUUGAUUACCAAGUUCCAAAUUCAUGUAUAACAAAAGUUGCUCUUAUUGCUCUUA